AGGAUGAUGGAAUGGCGAAAUCCCAUGCAAGCUUGCCGUUUCCAGACUCUCGCCAUUUGGGGACUCUCCAACUUCUCUCUCUCUUAUCUCUCUCUAUCCCUUUUCCAUACCCUCCUCUAUAUUUAGCAACAUUUUUCCUCCCUCCUUGUCCUCGUCUUUUCAUAUUCCCUAUAUAAUAACACCGCCAAGCCACCGUCUCCGCCCCUCCACCGCAACUCCUCCUUCACCGCCACCGCCCGGUCUAAAACCUUGUAUCUGUACAUAGAUAAAGAAAGAAAGAAACAUAGAGAGGGGGAGGGCGUGAUUUGGUAUCUGUACAUAGAAUAGGAGAUUUGGAGCUGUGGGUCUGUUUGCUUUUUUGAUUUAACAUCCAGAAAAACAUGGGCAGGGGAAAGAUUGAUAUAAAAUUAAUAGAGAAUGUGAAUAAUAGGCAGGUGACGUUUUCUAAGAGACGGGCUGGUCUCCUCAAGAAGGCUCAGGAGCUCUCCAUUCUCUGUGAUGCAGAGGUUGCUGUUAUCAUCUUCUCCAGUACAGAUAAACUUUUUGAGUACUCCAGCACAAGCAUGGCGCAUACGCUGUCAAGGUACAAGAAAUGUGUGGCUUCUAAAGAGACAACUGUUGCUGUAGAGAAGAAGCCAACGGUAGAGCGCAGGGAAGUGGUAGCUUUGAACAAUGAAAUCUCAGAGCUUAAAUCAAGGCAGUUGCAGUUGUUGGGUAAGGAUCUUACUGGCAUGGGCUUGCACGAAUUAAGGCAGCUUGAGCAUAAACUAGAUGCAGCACUCUUAGCUAUAAAGGGAAGAAAGGAACAAUUACUGCUGGAACAACUAGAACACUCGAGAAAACAGGAGGAGCUGGCUCAGCAGGAGAAUGAGAUUUUGCGCAGAGAGAUAGAAGAGUUAAGAGGAUUAUACCCAUCAGCUUUGAGUGCAGUAACCCCCCCUACUUUUUAUCUUGAAUAUCAUCCUACUGCACAAAGAACUUGUUCAUCUAGCAAAGAUGGCGCUGAGAGUCAAACAGCAUGUGAUGGUGAUUUGGUGGAGGAGGUUUCCGAUACUACCUUACAGUUGGCACCUCCAGAUGGUUCUGGUAGAAAGAGGAAGACGCCUGAACUGGAAACUCGUUCCUGCAAUUCUGAGAACAAUCCGCUCAAGUGACAAUAUGGCUAAAUGUUGAUGCCCUUUUUUAAAUUAUAAGAACAUGGGGGUCGGGCAGACAAACAUUAUUCAACGGUCGGGCAGACAAACCGUUAUAGAUUAGCAGUCAAAGCCCACCAGUGUUCUAACUUAUAUUAAAAUGGACUAGACUAGACCGCCUUUAGGGUUAAUAUCUCUUUACUAUAAGUAUACCUUUAUUUAUUUUGGUUUUUGAGUGACCCUUGAGAUUACAGAUUUCUUAUUAAAUCCAAUAGUACAAGUUGUGGUCUUAUGGUCGUCAUAUUUCUCUCAACCUUUCAUCUUGGAAAUUGACGCUUCAUCUCAGGGGCAGGGUGUGGUACACAUGCUAGAGGAACACCCACUUGCUUUUUUAGUACAAGUAAUAAAAUAAGCCCUUACUUACAACUUACAACAAGCUUCCUCACUAUAAUAGUACCAAUUUGUUGUUGAAAGAGAGGCUCAACAAACAGGUGGCAGAUGCUCUUUGAUGAUACGAGGAACUCGAUUCUCCAGCCGAGGAACCACCUUCCCAGUUCAUGGCUUUGUGAGCCCCUUAGCUUCCAACACUGUUGGAUAAAAUCAUAGCCAUGCAUACACAAAUUCAAUCAAGCGCCAUUUUUUCCAACAUCCUCAUCCAAUGAUGGAACUCAGUUUUUGAAAUUUAAUUCUAUAAUAGUGCCACAAUUCACCACCACCCCUUAUACAAGCUCUUAUAUGAGUUACAUUCAACAACGAUGACGGGACUCGCAGACAAACUUUGAUGGGGUUAUAUGCUACUUUUUACCGGGCCAAUUUUCGGGUCCUACUCGCAGGGGUUACUUUCAAACCCGUCGAGAGAUGCUUCCAGAUUUGGGGUCCUACUCCAGGAGGUAAAGGAGAUAGCUUAGUUAAAAGGGAAAGCAACCGAGUAGCGCCUAGCGUUUCGGAAGGGGGAUUCUUACUGCUUGAUUCAUCGUCUCAGCUUAAUAUGUUUCUUAUAAACGAUUGUAAUCCUGAGUUUUUCUAUCAAUAAUACACCUCUUUCCCCGCAAAAAAAAAAGUGCGGAACACUUCAUUUUUUUGUAUGCAAUUGAUUAAACCACCAUACAUUCCACAUCCCCUGGUAGGCAGGUCCUUUGCAAACUCCAAAGGUAUUG